CAUGUACUAUUUACAUUUGUGCUUGUUUUAAGUUUUCUCUGUCAGUUUAAUCCCUUAACUGUGUAAAUAAUUUUGGAUAAACCAGACCAAUAUAACAAUAGAAAUGCUCAGAAAUCAGUAUUCAUUUUUGCCUUUUGUAAAAUCACUAUUUUGCUGAUGUAUGUUUUGGACUGCAUUGGACUUCAGCAACCAUAUAUGAGUUUGGAACAAGAAAAAAAACAACAAAAAAUGAUUCCAAAAAAUAUAUUUUUUGUUUUACCAAACACACACACAUCUGCUUUCCAUUUAUGUCUGCUUAAAGUUUUCUCCAUUGAUUGAACCCUGUAUCUGCACUGUACACUGUGCAAAUAAUUCUGGGUGAAUGGACCAAUAAAAUCCUCUAAAACUAAAACCUUUAUUACACUGACUUCCAUUUAAAGUUAAGAACAUAUUUGCCUUCUCCUGUAGAGUCUUAACUGUGAGUUUUUUUUUUCUUUUUUCAUUAGACAUCAGCUGUGUAUAUGUGGGUUUGGAGAAACAACAAAAAAGAAGUGUAAAAAAAAAUACCACAUUUUAUCUUUUUUGAAGGUUUUUUCCAAGCCCAUAUAUGUCUGCUGUCCUGUGAAAAGUAUCUCCACUUUUUUUUUUGUUAAGUUUGCCCCAGUAUUUGAACCCUGUGCUGCUCUGUACACUGUGUUAUCAAUGCUGGCUGAAUGGACCAGUAAAAUGCUCUAAAACAAAUAAACAAUAAACUCUUAAUUUACAUUGAUUUCAAUUUAAGGUUAAUAACAUUGUUGUCUUCUCAUUUAAAGUCAUAAUUUGGAAGAUUUCUGAGGUUUUUAGUGGACAGCAAAUAUAUAUAAUGAGGCGUAUAUUCAUUCCAUGUUUAUUUCAUCUUCUUUUUAAUUUCUUAUAUUAGAUUCUUAGACAAUUUAAAUAUUCUGGGUUACUUUUUGUGAUCGUGCCUUUGUGUUGAAGUGUGUUGAAGUGUAUGUACGUAUGUAUGUGCCUGUGUGUUUAUGUGAGAGUCCGUGGCACUGAUUGGGGCCUAAAUAAUGGAUGUGGGUGCAGUCAGAGAGAGAGAGAGUGCUGUUAUCUGAUAUGUGAACAGACUGUCAGCAUGUCUACAGGCUGUGUGAGGUCACUCUCGGAGACAGCAGAGCACAGACUCGCCGCUCAGGAGCGUCCCUAUGAGGACAGUGAGAUGGACAGGCAGAAGCACAGCGCUGAGGAAAAUCAGCAGGACGAACUCGGACAAAAGAAGCCCCGCAGGAAAGACACGCCUGUGCUCAACUCUCCUCCACUUAUACCAGGGGUGAGAUUAAUGAAAGGGGAAGCCCGUCUGAUUCACAUGGAGGACGAAGAAAAGGAGGCAAAGAAAUAGCUGUAUUUUUACACCAUGGCGUACGCACUGAUUGUUGUUGUUGUUUGUUUCCCAUUGUUUUAAUAGCUUGCAUGUGUUAAAGCCUGUCUGAACCUUUCUCAAAUGUCUCAAAUGUUGUGCUUCAUUUUCCACGUGUCAGAGAUUUACAAUAUAUAAAUACACAUUUCUGCAAA